AAGUCUGCAGUUUUUUUUUAAGCUGGCAAGAUGGCGUUAGGACGGGACGGGAAAGUGAUUUCAUUGCUGGUCUGUGGUGUUCAGAUAGGCAAAAGUAACGUUAUGCUCAGAGCUUUUAGUCUUCUCUUUAUGUUGGCAUGUCUUUGUCACCGUGGUGCACUAGCAGAUAUUACGGAUGGUAACAGCGAACAUCUGAAACGAGAGCACUCACUUAUAAAACCCUACCAGGGAGUCGGAACAAGUUCAACACCUCUUUGGGAUUUUAGUGGCAACACGCUUCUAACUAGCCAGUAUGUCCGUCUCACGCCAGAUGAGAGGAGUAAGCAAGGCUCUAUUUGGAAUAGAGUGCCAUGUUUUCUAAAGGACUGGGAGUUACAUGUUCAGUUUAAAGUUCAUGGAUCUGGAAAAAAGAAUUUGCAUGGAGAUGGCAUUGGCAUUUGGUACACAAAAGAAAGACUUCAUCAUGGGUCGGUAUUUGGGAAUCAAGAGCAGUUCAUUGGGCUGGGCGUGUUUGUGGACACCUUCCGCAAUGAUCUUCAAGGAAUGGAUCGUUCUUUCCCAUAUAUUUCUACCAUGGUGAAUAAUGGCUCUUUGACCUAUGAUCAUGGGAAAGAUGGACGUUUAUCUGAGCUUGGAGGAUGUUCUGCUGAGAUCCGUAAUAGAGACCACGACACGUAUCUUGCCAUUCGCUACUCCAAAGGAAGACUUACUGUAAUGGUUGAUGUAGAAGACCGUAAUGAAUGGAAGGAGUGCAUUGAUGUUUCAGGAGUUCGACUUCCUACUGGCUAUUUCUUUGGGGCCUCAGCCGCCACAGGUGAUCUUUCAGACAAUCAUGAUAUUAUCUCAAUGAAGCUUUACCAGCUGAUGGUGGAGCACACUCCUGAAGAGGAAAAUGUAGACUGGACAAAAAUAGAGCCAAGCGUUAGUCUGCUUAAGUCUCCAAAAGAUAAUAUUGACGAUCCCACAGGAAAUUUUCGAAGUGCUCCUUUGACUGGCUGGAAGGUUUUCCUUUUACUUUUAUGUGCUUUGUUGGGAAUUGUAGUGUGCGCUGUUGUAGGUGCUGUUGUCUUCCAAAAGCGCCAAGAAAGGAACAAAAGAUUUUACUAAGAUAAACAGCACACAUACACAAAUUCAAUGUGAAUUUUAAAUUGAUUGUAUUAAACUUCAGAUGUUCAUAAUUGAAAUGCUUGGAAGAGUGAAUUGCUGUUAGAUAUCCCUAACAAAACUGUCAUCAGCAAAUUGACAUCAGAAGUAGUAGGAAGUGAACUUGUAAGAAGAAGUAGACAAACUGCUUCCUGUUUUUUUUUUUUUGGGUUUUUUUGAACAAACUUUUCCCAUUUUUGUAAAAGAACAAAAGAUUUAUUUUUAAGAAAGAAGUAACAAAGUUGCCAUUUGUUUCAGGAUUGUUUAUAAGAAUGUUAUUUUUAGGUAAUAAACUUUCAGAGUAUUAAAUAACAUCUCCUUUCUUUGGUGCAGGUGAUCAAAUGCGUAGUUUUGUUAAAUUAAUUCUAUUUAUGUUUUCAUAUCUUUCAUAUUUUAAUUGAUUUUUCUUUCUGUGUUUAAAUUCUAAAUGUCUAUGCACUGUAUUGUUUUUGUUUACAAUUACUAUUUUUGAGUUUUGCAUUGCUUUAUUUUAUGUAAUGAUUGAAAAUGCCAUAUUCAAACAACCACAGAUUUUAUUUUUAUGCAUCCGAGUGCAAAUUUUGUUUUUAAUACAAAGUCUGUAAACUUCUAGUUGCAAAACGCAAAUAAGAAGACAAUUAAAUAACAGAAGUAAUCGAAAGGGUUACAGUUUGAAAUCAAAUCUGAAUGCCUUGGAAAUGUUUCAUUUUCAUGUUCAACCCAUCGAAGCAUGAUUUUUAGCUGCAUUUAGGCAUUUAACACUUCCCAGGUGAACUUAGGAAAGACAUUUGUAUCAAGAGUCAUAACUUCAUUUUUUAAAUAUAUAUACUGGUAUGAAGUGGAAAAGUCCAAUUAAUUGUUUUUCCCUAGGGUCUACAAAAAAAGAAUUCUUACAACUUUAUCUUAUGUUACGAAAAUUCCGUUUUUGGUAUUUAUUUGUAAUACAUGGAUGCCCGCGACACAGAACUGUAAAAUUAAAAAACAAAUUUAAGUUGGUCAUUUGCAUUUGUGUAUGUCAUCAGUGGAAUAUAAACUAAUGAUCAUUUUACUUGUUUAAGCUGCCCACCUCAGCAGCAAUGGAGACAAAGAUAUAUGUAGAUAAAACCGUUUGUAUAAAACAUUUUUUUUUGUCUAUAGCAGAGUGGAUUUUGCUAUCUUUUUGGAAAAUAAAACCUGUGUAUAAAACAAUCCUUACCAGUGGGAAUUUCCCACAGGGUGGCUGAAGCGAGACUAGGGUAUUGUGGUUUUUAGAUGAACAAAAGAAGACUGAGUUAUUAAAUAAAUGUGACUAUAAAUCUAUCAUGGCUUAUAGCCACUGAAGCUGGAAAUAGAAUACAGACCAAUAAGACCCAGUGAAUAUUGCAUUUUCUUAAACCUAAUUUGUCAGUACUUUUCUAAUUAGUGUGGUUUUCAUGCAUUGGAAACUUGUUUAUAAUUUUGCAGUCUAAAAGCCAAAACAGCAACAAUUAUGAGACUGUGUUUCUCCAUUUUACAUGCAUUUAAGACCUUUGUACAAUCUCUGCUACGUUUAUUCUAAAAAAAAACACUAUUUUCACAGGGCUCAGAUACAUUACCACACAUAUAGGGGAAAAAAUGGAAAGUUGCUUGGAAUUAACAUAAGCCUUUCAUCUAAAGUAUGAUAUGUAUGUUUGUUAAUGUAUUUCUUUAUCCAGGCUAGUAUAUGUUUGCAGAGAGAGGGUUUGGGGCUUGACCUGGACAAAGCACAGUUUACGCUGCGUUCAUGUGCUAUUGGACAGUUAGAAGAUACAAGUUUCCUUCUCAGAAAUUCCACUUGAACGCCCUACAAACUUAGAGCUACGAGUUGGACCAUUAAGAUAAAACAAAUCUACUCACAUUCUCAAGUUGUGACCCCAAGUUGACCUUUCAACUUAGUCAGUUAUAUAAAAUAAAAGUCCAGGCUGGUCAUCUAUAAGUACAGUUUUUUGUGGACAAAUUGCUCUUGAAGCAAAGUAAUAAACAUUUAAAAUGUUUAGUUUAUCCCAUAUUUUCACAGAAUAGAAUACAGGGAAGAUGAAGCGUCACAAGCCACAGCUUUAAAACUCAGAUAAUAUGUGAACACCGCAGAAACCCUACAAGUCCAAAGUAGAGUAGUCACUUAACCUAACCAGCACAUCUGGAGUGAUAUGAGUACAGUGAUAGGGUUGAGGGUCAAAUCCAGGAUUCGGUACCUGUGAAGCAACAGUGCUAACCACUUCAUGUUGUGUGGGAUCUCAAUGUAUAUAAUAGAAAGCAUUUCACUGAAAUAAGAAAUCAUUGAAUAGAGAACCGUCCAUCCAUAUUUAUUAUUGUUUUAACUCUAUAAAUCAUUUUAAGGUAAAUUACAGUGUUCUUCAGGAUAUGGAAGUCCAAAUAUACUUGAUGAUAUUUAUGAAUUUGGAUUCAUCUCAAAGACACAAUGAGUAUUUAUUUUAGUCCAACUAGUGAGUGGAACCCAUUGUAUUUAUCUUGUAUUUACUGAGCAAAAAUUGGCCACAUGCAAGAAAAACACACUAGUACCUUGUCUAUGGAUCGCAAUUGUAAAAACUGUCAAUUUAUUAAGGUGGAUUUGAGCUGAAACGUGUGUAUAUGAUAUAAUAUCGCAGGUGGUGUUUACUGAAAUGCUGUGAAUGAAUGAAACCUCUCAAUAAAUGCAGUUCUUAAGGG